AUGGCGAUCGUCAAAAGAGAUCCAACCCCCAAGCCUUUCUGGCGCGAUACCAUGGCUCGUUUGAAGCGCUCAAUCGAAGAAAUCGCCAACAAGUCCGAUUCGGACGAUGACGACUACAGCGACCACCCCCGCUCAUCUCACCGCUCCGUCUCGCGUUCCAAGUCGAGGAAGAAGGCCAAGCCAUCGAAGAAGAGGGCUCGUCGCCGUUCCGGCGAUGACAUUGUCUCUGACGAUGAUGAUUUCUUCAGUGAAGAUGAGGAAUUGUCUUAUGAAGAGUCGGAGGAAGAAAUUGAUGCCAACGCUCAGAGGAAUGCGAGAGGCCUAGUAGCGCGAAGGGCAGCCACGAACCGACCACUUUAUAACGAACCCAAUUCAAGCAGCAUCGAGGACGAUGGCAAUGAAACAGAAGCAACUUCACCAAAGAAACGCAAAACUGCCGUAGUCACGCUGAAAUUGGGUGAUGCUUUGAAGCGACAGCCGCAACAGGACCAAGGGAACCGACGAGUCACCCGACGUACACGAGGAGCGUCGGAAGACAUUUACGCGCUCACCAACUCGGGUCGCCAUGUGGAAACAGUCGAACGAGGUACACAUAGCCCAGAGGCCGAAGUAAUACGACCAAAUCGCCGCGGAUCUCACUCAUCGAAGCAGGUCCCCACAGUUAUGGAGGAUGAAGAGACUCAGGAGAAGCAGGAAGAGUAUAUUGAAGAGACCACCACGGAAAUAAAAGGCUCUCAGAUCGAGAUUAUGGAAAGUGCGCAGGCCAGCUUCGAAGAAGGGCCCAUAUCCGCCGGGGAUGGCCAGCAGGGAGCGGCAGAAGCUGACGAGGGAUUUGUGCCCGAGUCUGAGAACGAGGAUGCUGAGCACGAAGAUGACGACGACGAAGACGAAGGUCCAGUAACCCGGAGAAGAGCUCGUCCAAAUAGAGGCCAGCAAAUCGAGGAGCCCGAGCAGCCAGAUGAAGAGGAAACCUCAGGGCCUCGUCGCUCCAGCCGAAAAAAGCCGAAAAGUUCUCAACGAAAGCGACCAAACGACGAAGAGAGCGACUUUGAACCCGAGGAGGAAGACUCGAACGAUGAUGAUGAGGUAUCCCAGACCGGAAAAUCCAACGGCUCUCCCCGUAAAGCCAGCCAAGCACGCGAUGAUGAAGAGGACAGCACCGCCGGACGGCGUCCUGGUCUUCGCAAAAGGGCGUCUCGAUCUCGUGGGCAAUCCGAAGCGGCGGCUGAUAUUGCAGAGGAACUCGCCGAAGAACUUGAGGAUCUGAGGGGUGGCAGACCUCGUAGGAGGUUGCAGACAGAUAUUGUGUAUGAGAAACCUCGGCGCAGCCGCAAGGAUGUGGAUUAUCGAAUCAUACGGCCGGACCUAGUUCUACCGAUUGAAGAAGCCGAGAACGAAGUCAAUGAGUCUCCCUCGCGCCGUGGUGGCCGCGGGGGUGGCGGCGGCAGUAGCUGGCAACGCACCUUAUUCCCGACAUAUGGGCCUUUUGGAGGCGGUGGCCCGGCUGCAAUUCUGGCUCCGCCGGGUGCACCUGCUGCGACUGGAGGCGUUGACAGUGAUAGCAGCGAUGAUGAAGGGCUGCAUCACCCGCGUGGCUCCGUUGCCGGUGUAGGGUCCGCUCUUGGGCCACAUGGCGCUGGUCUUCUCCCCGGCCAGACUCAAACACACGACGCUGCACAGGGUCUGUCAGGGACACCGGCAAACCUGGGCAAAGUCAAGGAUAAGCAGGCGCUUGCGGAUGCAGACCCGUUAGGAGUGGAUAUGAGCGUCAAUUUCGAUAGUGUUGGAGGCUUGCAGGGACAUAUUGAUCAGCUAAAGGAGAUGGUGUCUCUUCCUCUGCUAUACCCGGAGAUCUUCCAGCGUUUCCACAUCGUGCCGCCUAGGGGAGUUCUCUUUCACGGUCCUCCUGGAACGGGUAAAACCCUUCUGGCCAGGGCCUUGGCGAACAGUGUCAGUUCCGAGGGCCGUAAAGUUACAUUCUACAUGAGAAAAGGAGCUGAUGCGCUAAGCAAAUGGGUGGGUGAGGCUGAAAGGCAGCUGCGACUGCUAUUCGAGGAAGCUCGUAAAACACAGCCGAGCAUUAUCUUUUUCGACGAAAUUGACGGUCUUGCCCCUGUGAGAUCAAGCAAGCAGGAACAGAUCCAUGCAUCUAUCGUCUCUACUCUGCUAGCGUUGAUGGAUGGUAUGGAUGGCCGUGGUCAGGUCAUUGUUAUUGGUGCCACUAAUCGACCGGACUCGAUUGACCCUGCUCUACGCCGUCCGGGUCGUUUUGAUCGAGAGUUCUACUUCCCCCUACCGAAUUCCGAAGGUCGACGCGCUAUUCUCGACAUCCAUACCAAGGGCUGGGAUCCGCCUCUUCCAGGCCAUAUAAAGGAUGAGCUGGCUGAGAUCACCAAGGGCUAUGGAGGAGCCGACCUUCGUGCUCUUUGCACAGAAGCCGCCCUGAACGCGAAGAUGGUCCCAUCCUCAGAGAGGUCCACUUCAUCUGGCGCCUCGCCGCUCCCUAAGGAAGUCGAAUCCUUACUUCGUCAUCCUCUGGCGGACAUUAGAGCUCUGCUCUCCGAAAUCCUUCCACAAAGAAAGCGGCUUACUGCUCUGGAAGAAGCACAAUUUGAGGAGCCCGAAGGCGCUGGAAGCUUCCAAAGCGAGCAGAUGCAGCAAGAAUUCGACAGGUCGCGAGUUUUCAGGCCCAGGAUGCUGCUUCGCGGACUAAUGGGCAUGGGCCAACAGUAUCUGGCGGCUGCCAUUUUGCAUUACUUUGAAGGACUGCAUGUGCAAUCGUUCGAUUUACCUACUCUCCUUAGUGAUUCGACUCGGUCUCCGGAAGCAGCUGUCAUACAGCUCUUUGCAGAGGUCAAGAGGCAUAGGCCAAGUGUAAUUUACAUUCCCAACAUUGAAACUUGGUCCGAAACUGUCGGGCAAGCCGUUCUCUCCACCUUCUUGGGUUUGCUGCGGUCGAUCCCUCCCACUGAUCCUGUCUUGCUACUCGGAGUCCAGGAGCUAACUGGUGAAGAAACGGACACCGGGUUACUACGGCAAAUGUUUGGGUUUUCUAAGAGAAACUUCUACGACCUGAAAGCACCAGGAAAUGAAGCGCGGUACGAGUAUUUCAGCAAGGUGGUUGAGUACAUCAAAACCUCGCCAGCGCAUUUUCCGGAUCCUGAAAACCGUAAGAAGAGGGAACUCGAGACCCUGGAGGUUGCACCUCCGCCUCCACCAAAACCCGCAACGCCGCUCACCAAGGAGCAGCUAAAAUCUCAGAAAAAGAAAGAUCACCAAAUGCUGAAUCUUCUGAAGAUUAGGAUCCAGCCUAUCAUGGACCAGAUCAAGAAGUACAAACGGUUCAGAACCGGCGUGAUCGAUGAGUCUCAGAUCCGGUACCUCUGGGAAGAAGAGGAUCCGAACAUCGUCACAAGCGAUCUACCAAUUGAACAGCGGACUACCUUCCGGCCAUUCGAGAAGGCUUAUGACAAACACGGCGUCCCGGGACUCUGGGAAACCGUGUCGGGUAAAUUCUUUUACAAUAUGGAAAUCGUUACCAUCGAGAAGCGCCUCUCCAACGGAUACUACAAACGGCCGAGUGACUUCCUGGCGGAUAUAAAGCGGCUGGCCAAAGAUGCACGACAAACUGGCGAUCAAGAGAGAAUCUUGAGGGCCAACGAGCUUCUGUCUAACGUUGAAGUUGAUAUUUCCACCAUCGAGCAGGCUGAACCGCAGCUCGUCGCAGAAUGCGAGAAUGUCUACAUUCGGGAACUGGAAAGGGAGAAGGCAGCAGCUGAAAAGGCCAAGAGGGCCGAGGAAGCGGAAAAGGGAGGCUUUUUGGGUCAUACAGCGAACCAUAAUGUACCGCAUGGUAAUACCGAGUCCGGUCCUUCGAGUGGCCCUGUGGUGUUAGGCGAGACGUUCCCCGACCUCCCUCCCAAGGAACAGGUCAGACCGGUGACACCGACACGGCAAUCAACGGCAAGCUUCUUGACCAACGGCUACCAUCAAAGUGGAGGCUCAGAUCUUAAUGAUCUGAGCGCCCAUGGACCGACAAGCAACGGUUCACAUGAGUCGAGGCCAGAUGGGGACGGCGAUGUCUACAUGACUAAUUCGGAAGAUCACUCGGGCACAAGAGACACGCAGGGCAGUUCAUUUGGGCCAUCUGCACAGCCAAAGCCACCAUAUUCCCACACAGCGCCUUCCCAGCAGAUACGACGUGAAUCAGGUCUCUCAAGCUUCUCGCAGAAGGGGCCGAUGACUCCAAUGGCUCCGGGAUCUCAGCCACACGAUUAUGCCAACGAAGCUUCUACUACGCAGACAACUUCAGGACAAAAAUCGUCGGAUCAAUCAUCUCUCCGUCCAAACUAUACACAAAGUCCCAUAGUGGGUCAAGCAAUAAGGCACGAUUUCCCUGACCUUACCCAGUACCCAGACCGGGUGGGAUUAGAAGAGCAUCUACCAGACACACAGCAAGGUGACAGCAGCCAGCCAUCACCAAGGCCCCGUGAGUCCCUCCCCGGAAACGCAGAUUCGCAGCCCGAACACCUUGUAAAUGGCAGUCAGUCGCAACCGAAAACACAACCACCCGUGCCUCUUUUCGAUGAAUCUACGAAGCCGUCAUCUCAUCCACCCGCUAAUCUCCAUUCGAUACUCAACGAUGAGAACCACUCACCAAAGCUAAUUGUGGACCCUGAGUACGUCCAAAAUCUGCACGAGCAGCUCACCCAGCGGACGAGUGGUUGCUCGGUGGAGCAGCUUGAACAGAUCAACACUAGCCUAAUGGAUUAUCUGUGGCGCACGCGUGGUGAAUGGAACCGCAGCAAAGUGGCCGCUGGAAUUCGGGACUCAUUCAAUGAGAUUCUUGAUGACAUGCAGGCGAUGCAGGAAAUUGGCCCUAUCAGUCAAAGGACAAAGGAACAGUUGGGUUCAUCAUUCGAACAUCUGUGA